CCGUUGUGUAUUAAACACGACUUGGCCCAAACAAAAAUCUCAUCUUGUUCUUCUUCUUCUUGUCUCUCUCCCUCUCUCGCUCUUCUCCUUCUUCUGGUGUGGCCAUCCUCUUUCUUCCCUUCUUCGAUUCUUCGUUUACUGGCAAAACCAACUUCUCCCUCCUCCCAACUCUCUCGUAUUCAUGUCGGAGAAGGGUCAGCCAUUACCGAAGUUUGGUGAAUGGGAUGUUAAUAAUCCUGCUUCCGCAGAGGGCUUCACCGUGAUAUUUAAUAAGGCAAGAGAUGAGAAGAAAACCGGUGGCCAACCUGAAUCACCCGGAAAGGCACCUCAGGCCAAAAAUGUAGCAGAUCCUGGCAAACCUCAGGCUAAGAAAUGGUUCUGCUGCAUUCAGAGCCCGCCUACACAAUCUUGAUGGUAUUACCUUUCUGUAGAUAACCACCGUAUUGUGCUAAGAUCGUCAUUACUGGUUUUCGAUAGAAUAUGAGAUUUUUAAAGCUGCGAUCAGCUUGCUAUACUAUUUGCUUCAUAGUCUGAGUCAUGGAGGAAAAAAGUAGAAGAAUUUUACGUUUUUUAUUUGUGGUGCUGAUGUGGUUAAUUAGCUGAGCUAUGCUAUAUCCCAUUUGUCUCUGCUCCCUUUUUGUCCCUUUUUUGUUGUCUUUUUAAAUGCAUUUUGUUCCUUAUAUCUGAUAUUGAAUCUAUAUUAUUGUUUGUGAAA